GUAAGCGACCCACACUCACGCCCGGAACACAUGUCGUCGUCUCGUGGCUUCUAAAAUCAGACACAAUGCGGAUAGAAAGGUGCUAUUUCUGCUCCAAGAAAGUAUAUCCUGGACAUGGGAUACAGUUUGUGAGAAAUGACAGCAAGGUCUUCAAAUUUUGCAGUGGCCGCUGCAACAAACAUUUUAAGAGAAAGAGGAAUCCCCGUCGCACUAAGUGGUCUGGGGUAUUCAGGAAGGCAUCCGGUAAGGAGCUCACUGUUGAUCCUGCCUUCGAAUUUGAGAAGAGGAGGAAUGUGCCUGUUAAAUACAACAGAGAGCUCUGGGAGAAGACCGUGGAUGCCAUGAAGCGAGCUGCAGAAAUCAAGGAGAAGCGAGAGAACCACCACAUUAUGAACCGCCUUGUGCACUCCAAGGAGGUUGACAGAAUCAGGCACUUGUCGGUGGUCUACAAGCACUUGAAUGUCCUCUACUCUCCGGCCGCAGGAUUGAGAAAGGGAAAUAAGGUACUGGAUGUUGAAGAGGCCAUGGAGGAUGAGGGUGUGAUGAACCCACUGAAGGCCACGACGAAGAUGGUGGAGGAGAAGAUCAAGAAGCGGAAGCUCAUGGCAGAGGAAGCCAUGGAAGAGGAUGAGGGAGCCAUGAUAGAAGAGGGGGCGGAUGACUAAGACGAGGAAGGCGUGAUAGUAAAUGUGGAAAUGUGAAUGUGAUGAUGAUUACAAUGUAGAUGACAAAUAAACUAUUGGUUAAGACA